AUGGUUAACCAAGAAGAUAAUGAAGCAAGCACGGGAGCUGGGCCGUCGGCCGCUGCCACGAGCGAAAAAGCCAUGAUGGUGAACAAAGUGUCGGUUAAGGUGCCGCCAUUCUGGCCAGAGCAUCCGGAGAUUUGGUUCGCCCAAGUCGAGGCGCAAUUCAGCGUGGCCGGAGUUUCCACCGAUUCGUCAAAGUUCAACACAGUCGUCGCUGCUGUUGAAUCAAACGUUUUAGCCCAGAUUUCUGACGCCAUUUUGAACCCACCCGACAACGGCAAAUACGACAACCUGAAACGACGUAUAAUAGAUAGAUAUUGUGAAAGCGAGCAGAAAAAAACGCAAAAAUUACUGUCGGAUGUGGAUUUGGGAGACAAACGGCCAACCCAAUUGUUAAGCGAGUUAAGUGAACUUGCGAAAAACAAGGUUUCCACCGAAUUUCUGAAAUCGCUGUGGCUGCAGCGAUUGCCAGUACAGGUUAGGGCAAUCUUACAGGCGUCUAACGCAGAUUUGCCAGACUUAGCAAAGCUGGCCGACAAGAUUCUAGAA